AUGUCUGCCCUCCUCGAGGAUCUCAAGGCUGCUACUGCGCUCAAGGACGUAGUGCUGCCAGCGGCGGCGGCAGAGUCGUCAUCUGCGGGUGAGGCAGUCAUGGCGGACCAGGUUGGCUCGUCGUCGUCGUCGGCGGCCAAGCCCGGUAGUGACAUCGCUGCCGAGCUCGACGCCCAGCUCUCGACGAGCAUCGAUCUGCUGCUGAAGGAGUACAAUGAAGUGCUCGCCACCCGCGGCUGUCCCCAGGCCGCGCUGUGGAUGCAAUCCUUCGCCACGGCCUUCUCGAGUCUGCGCAGCUUUGGCGACGACGUCGUCAAGCUCGUCAAGUUCAGCGCAGACUUCUACGUCGAGGGCGCUGUCACGCUCGAGGCCGCAGCGGCGCAGUUUCCAUCGGAGCGCGCAGAGUCGAUUCCGGCCGUUGUGCGUGAGCUGCGUCGUCUCGCAGGACGCAGCACCUUGCAGGAGCCAGCGCCGCCCGAGCACCCUGCCUGGGCUCCCACUGAGAAGGGACGCCGACUGCGCGCCGCGCUCGCCGCUCAGCCUCCCCGUGGAGAGCCGUCGCCAUACGCUAUCUGUCCUGAAGACGACUCGGAUGGCGAGGAGUAG